AAUGGUGCUUAUACAAGUUUUAUGCCACAACUAAAUCAUGGUUUGACGCAAAAGCGAUCUGUGAGGAAGGAAAUAUGACCCUAGCGCACAUUACAACGACUUCAAAUCAUUCCUAUCUCUAUAACCUGAUGAGGAAUAGUCUGCCAACCUUGUUUGUCAGCCCUCCAAGUUCCGUGUGGGUUGGAGCGUAUCGCACCGCCGGUGGGGAAGCCAAGUGGCAUGGUGGCUGUUCGGGAGUUGAUACUCACGUAUUAGGUGGUGUCGAUAAUUCCAAAGAAGCGUGCUUUCUAUUAGCUGACAGCAACACGUUGAAGACUGAGUCAUGCAGCACAUCACUGCCGUUUUUGUGUCAAUCAUCUUCGUUAGAAAUCAACAAAUGCUUUACCAGUGUUAGUACUAUGCCUGAUGUGAUAGCAGCUAUUGGUGAAAUCAGUGGUAUGAAAUCGCCGCUCGAUUGCUACCCAAGUUGCGUAUUUGAUAACAAAUGUGUUGGAUUUAGACACAAAUCUACUAUGUGUAAUUUAUAUACAUUAGGCCCCGGCUCAUCCAACACAAAGGGAAUACUUUUUAUGAAAGAUCUGCUGAGAACUGCAGUCCCAAAUAACGUCACAGCGAGUAUAAGCGACCUCCAAAACAUAUGUUCUACUUCUGUGGCUGCACCAUCUCACGAUACAUCUAGUAUUACACCGACACAGACAUUCAGUAUUACACCGACAAAGACAUUCAGUAGUACAAUUUUAUCGACAGUCAGUACAUCUACAAGUACACUGAUGGACCCUAGCUACCUAGAAUCUAGUAGCCCGGAACCAGUGACAGUCAUGAAAACGUAUUCCGACUCAACACCUCCGCUUUCCAGUGUCUUCACUUCAGUCAAUCUGGAAAAAACGUCACUUCCAACAGAAACAGAAACUCUAUCAAUGUCCUGCUCCAACUGUGCCUUGUACCAAAAGCAGUUCAAUGGACCAAGAGGAGUUGGAAGAGAGUAUCAGUAAGCUGAAAGAACAGCUGAGCGUCAACCCAAAGGAACUCUCUUCGUUCAAACGCAAACUGACGAGUGCCUCCGACGACCGACAAUCCGCAGCAAACAUCGGUUACGUGGGUGCGUUGAUUCUUUGCAUUAUUCCUGGAUUCGUCAUACUACUAGAUAUGGGCAGGCUAACACGAGAGUUCAAGCAGUUCAUCUCACGCCUCAGAAAUCCUCAUCGUGCCACAGCGAAUGUAGCUCCGCUUAAGCGUACCUAAACACUCGUGAAAAAAACCCUAACUCUAACUUGCAAUGCCUAACUAUUUCUUUAACAUAACUCUUACCAAGCAUAGAAGAAUAUUUUAGACAACAUAACGCCAUUCAAGCGUACUUAACACUUUUUCCAAACAUUAAUGCUAUUUAAGUGUACCUGAAUAGUCAUGGCAAACGUUUGCUCCACUAAGAUAUAUCAAAACAAACCUGGUAUCCAACACUUUACUCAAGCGUACCUGAACACUCCCUACAAACAUUACUCGGCUCAAGUGUAGCUGAACACUCUACAAAUAUUACUCAACUCAAACAUAGCUGAUUACAGUAGUUCAAUUGUAUCUGAACACAACUCAAUCCUAUUAACAC